GACGGUGCGAAAACAACCAACCAUAGACAUGACCACUGUGUUCCUCGUAAUCGUGAGUAAUUGCAUGUUAUGACAGGAUGUUGGUCCCUCCUUUAACCACUUUACACUGUACAAAUGGAGCGGUAAAUGCGACGUUCAUCACAAACCCUUUGUACUGUGAAAGUGUUCAUAUUUCCUCAUAUGCGGCGACCAUUUAUGAAGCGCACCCCCGAUUCGCCAAGUAGAAAAAGAAGGCGGUUCUCAUUUGAGCCCUACAAAGUCUGAAGGGAAAAAAGAACCUCAAACUUUUUCUGAAAAGUGAGGACCUCAAAAAAGAGUGUAGUAAAUACAAGUGCAGUGAUAUGGAGGGUCAGAACAAGGGCAAGGAAGCUGCCAAAGGCGACGAACAUUCAACGGAGCAAGCCGCAACAUUGCUGGGGUCUUCAGGGGCUGAUAAGCAAAACAAACGUGCAGAUAGUGUGCACAGGAGAAAGUCGAACAAGCGCCGAAUUCUCGUUGGGGUGUUACUGCUGUGUUUGUUGAUAGUAGUACUGGCAGUUGUCUUUGCUUUGAAACAGCGCUCCAGCGCUCCAGAAGAAUAUGGCGUCUGGGUGGAGGACCAAUGCGAAGACAUGGAGACUUCACAGUGUCCAGCUGGUUUCUCCAAACCCCCUGUCAUCUUGGUAUCAAUGGAUGGUUUCCGAGCCGGGUAUUUAAAGGAUCAUGGCAAUUUGCUUCCAGUAAUCAGUAAAUUAAAAAAUUGUGGAACCUCUACUCCUUACAUGCGUCCUGCCUAUCCUACAAAGACCUUCCCUAACCACUACACCAUUGUGACGGGCCUUUAUCCAGAAUCCCAUGGCAUUGUGGACAACAAGAUGUACGACGUCAGACGCAAUGCUUCCUUUACACUUAAAGGGGAAGAAAAGUUCAACCCAGAUUGGUACCAAGGGCAGCCAAUCUGGGUCACAGCCAAGAAGAGUAGACUGAAGUCUGGAACAUUCUUCUGGCCUGGGUCAGACGUAAAGAUUGAGGGGCUGACCCCAGAUAUCUACGAAGUCUAUGACAAGUCUACCACAUUUGAGAAGAGAGUCUCAACCAUACUUGAAUGGCUUGAUAUGAAAGAAGACGAAAGGCCAGAUUUCUACACUCUGUACUUUGAAGAGCCGGACUCUUCUGGUCACAAAUUCGGGCCAGUGAGCAGCCAGGUGAAGGAGGCCUUGCGUAGGGUUGACGAGUUGAUGGGAAAGCUGAUGGAUGGGCUGAAAAAGAGGAAGCUACACAAAUGCGUAAACCUGGUCCUCCUGUCCGAUCACGGAAUGGAGGAGGCUACGUGUGAUAAGGCUGUGUAUGUCUCCAAGUACCAGAGCAACACAAAUGAUUUCACAGUCAUUCCUGGGCCCGCCGCACGCAUUAGGCCGAAGAAGCUUCCCGAAGAGUUUUUCAGUUUCGACUACGAAGGGCUGGUGAAGAACUUGUCGUGCAGAGACCCUGACCAGCCCAUGAGGCCCUUCCUUAAAGAGCAUCUCCCCAAGCGGCUGCACUUCGCCAACAACGUCAGGAUCGAGAGGGGCCAUCUGUACAUGAAGUCGCAGUGGCAGGCGGCACUGACAUCAUCUGACGUCAAGUACUGCAAAGGCGGGUUCCACGGCUCUGACAACGUUUUCAGAAACAUGCAGUCAGUAUUCAUUGGCUAUGGACCAGGCUUCAACUCCAAGAUGGUUGUGCCACCUUUUGAAAAUAUUGAAGUGUACAACCUGUUGUGUGAUUUAUUGGACAUUACUCCUGCCCCCAACAAUGGUACCCAUGGCAGCCUGAACCACAUCCUCAGGAGACCUGUCUACAGCCCGGUGUUCCCCGCCGAACAGUCCCCGCCCUCCCCCUGUGUCGCAGGUGGGCCCUUGGUGACCGACACUCUAGGCUGCGGGUGUAGCUCUCUUUCCAAAGUGCAGGAGGAGGAAAUGAACCGGCAGCUGAGUUCCAGUAAGUAAACGGCAAAGCCACUUCACUCUCCAUACGGAAUUCCAAGAGUCCUACAAAAGAACGCAAACAACUGCAUCUUGUAUCACUCCCAGUACAUCAGCGGGUACAGCAGAGACACACUCAUGCCACUCUGGGUGGCGUACACAAUUCCCCCUCUGAACGGCGUUCCCCCCUUGCGUCCGGAGACCGAGGGCUGUGUCCGCGCCGACGUGCGGAUCCCGGCAACAGCGAGCCAGACCUGCCGCAGAUACAAAAACGACACCUCGCUGUCCUUCGGCUUCCUGCACCCUCCUAAUCUGGGAUCAAGUGACAAGGAGUCAGAAUCAUUAAUAACAAGUAACCUGGCACCAAUGUUUCCUGCCUUCAAAGCUGUUUGGACUCACGUCCAUGACGUGCUUCUGGUGAAGUAUUCACAAGAGCGAAAUGGAGUCAAUGUCAUGAGCGGGCCCGUAUUUGAUCGAAACUACGAUGGCAACUACGACGUGAUGGGCACAGCCAAACAAAACGAGGCCCCUGUUCCUACACACUUCUUUGUGAUCCUGACCAGCUGUAAGAACGCCUCCUUAUCUCCCAAUGAGUGCAAGGGACCUCUGGAGGCCACAUCCUACAUCCUGCCCCACCGGCCAGACACCACAGAGACCUGUGCUAGCGGGUCAGACUUCCAGUGGGUCCCGGAGUGGAUGCAGUUCCAUGUGGCUCGGGUUCGGGACAUUGAACUUCUAACGGGACUAAGCUUCUACCAUGACCGGCUAUCGGUCCCUGAGACAUUACAGCUAAAGACAUUUUUGCAGACUUUCUAAGUUCAUAUUUAUGCGUACACCUCAUAAAGGAAGAUGGUUAGAAAGAAGGACUGUUUUCGCUUGAUGUGGUGCAGAGAAUUUUAUGUUUAUACUAUGAGUUUAUGGUCCGUACAGAGCUGAGCUGAGAGCUCAGAAUGAAGGAAGCUCAAACCAAAGAACUUGCUGCUGCAGAAUAUUUUUCCUCUCGAAAGGAAGAGAGAGCAGUGGAAACGUGUGUCGCCAUAGAAAAUUUAUUUAUAAUACACUGUCCAAAGUGAUUUUUAAUAGAUAGAUGGUUUCAGGAAACCUCAGACAUUUUGAAAAUGUUUGCUACUGAGAUAUGCUCGGUUCCACUUGCCAGUGUUCUUGGGCUUGGCUGCUGGUAAUUUAAGGAUUUGGCUAUAGUUGGAGAUAGUGAGCCUGCACACCCACAAUAAUUAUCAAAAACAGAUUAGAGACAAAAUAGGCUUUUCUUCCUCUGUUCUACAUUAAAAAAUAUAUA